CACGCCUCGGUGGGAAAGAAACACAUGACGGGCUGCGGAUGCCAGACUCUGUUGAGAAUGACGGCUGUCCCACGCCGUUUCUCCGCUGGAAUUUACAGUCGUGGCUCUGUGAGGGUACUUAAGUGUACAGCUGAUGCCCGGAGGGUAUAAAGGGAGGUAACCGAACUAGAUGCGCCAGCUACAGUCAGCCUAUAAUGUCAAAACAUGAUGCGAAGGUGCAGCAGUCAAGUUGUCAAAGCGGAGUGAAAGCCAGCGUGAGUCGCGUUGUCUCAGAUCAGGAGAGAUUUUACACACACACUGACAAAACACGUUUUCAGAAUGUCAGUAAGCAAGAGAAAUUAAAUCCUGCUGCAGCUUCUCAACAUAACCACAACAAGGAGGAUUUAGAGACAAGAACUACUUCAUCUCCACCACCGUUGCAGUUAAAAGGGCAGCAGAAAAGCAGCAGAGAUUUGCAAAUCAAGCAGAUAUUACUGUUUGGAUCCAAGAAUACAUCCAAAGAACAGAGGGAAUCUACCAGAUUCACCUCCACCAUCUCUAUCAAGCUUCCCACCAGAAGAAAUAAAAAAGACACAGCAAAGGAAAAAAAAUUACAAUCGACAACAAACUUCUACAGAACACUUGAAGCGGAAAAAAACACAGCUAAUCAACACAACACAGAGCUGAGGGACUUGUUUUCAUCGACAGAGCAAUGUGGUGAAUCAACUGGUGAAUUGCUUAAGGAUGGGCAAAAAGCAACCUUUGAUGAAGCCACUCUGCAUCAGCAUGGACAUAACACACCCAAACAUGGACAAAAUACAGGAAUACAACACAACAUAGGCCUUCAUGAGCAAAUCGACCAUCAGGACUCACUAACACGCAACUCUUUUCAUCUUAUUUAUGAGUUACAUACAGAAGUAAAGAAGGAAUCUGGAGGCCCUAGAGAGAAUGCUCCAACAACUCUACAAAACCACAAUAAUCUGGACAGUGUUCUAAAAUCAAGCACUGAUUCCCAACUUUUUCCACACCAGUCAGAAGUACUUGACCAGGUUUUGUCGUUAGCCGGUUCUGCGGGAUAUUCUGAAAAAACUCCUGAGGUAAAAGCUAAUGUUAUAAAUCCUACAACUGCUAUGUUGACAUCUGCACUGGCUUCAGUUCUUGCUCCACCUUGGAGUGGCCGUCUUCGAAGACCCAAGCAAGGCAUCAGUGAGGCAGAGACUGAAGUUCAAGAUCGUGGACAGUAUGGCAACCCAUCUACCUUAAUACAACAGGAUUGGCGGCAACAACCUUAUCUUCCUUUCCAAAGGCAACCAUCUGAACACAUGAUGGCCAAUGACAGUAACAUGCAGGUGAAUGCUGGAACCAGCUACUCUGCUGACUGGCAAAAAGAGAACAACUCCCCAAAUGUCACGUCAACAGUAAACCAAAAGAGACCCAUUACAAAAUCCUCCUCUGUGGGCAUGACGUACACCAAUAGAGAAUUGCAUUCUUUUCCCACAACACUGGACUCACGUCAGGUGCCAAAUUUACCUCAUUCAGGAUAUAGAGUAUCAAAAACUGGAGAUGAAAAUGAACCUUUUAAAUCAUUGAGCUCCAAGCCUACAACAAGCAGUUUACUUCUCUCUUUGAGGAGAUCAAAUUUGAGAAACUCUACUCCUGAGCCUACACAAACUCCGAUAACUAGAUCUAUAAGGUCACUUACAUUGCCUAGCAGAAUCGUUUUGAAAUCUGACCAAUCUGUUACCUCUGAAGACCAAAUCAACAAAAACCUUGACACUCCUGUAAGAACAGAGGGAAUGCCAGUCGGUCAAUUUCGAUUCUCACCUAGAAUCAAGAGUAGGGUACCAUUAAACACAUCAAUGUUUUCAAAUAAACAAGAGACAGUCAUUUCAAAGGGACUGGACGCUUCUGUUGCCACAGCAGAAGUAGAGAAUAAACAUUUCCCUCAUUCCACAACCAAAACCAGCCAACUUGGGGCUCUCAAAUCUCAUCAGAGUUCUUAUUUGGUUCUUUUAAGGGAAUAUUCUAGCACAGAGAACAUUGAUCCCAUGGAACAAAGUCCUGGUAACGGCAACAACCUGCAGAACCCCAACAUUACCAAACGACAAGUAAUUCAAAACACUGUAAUUCCUCCCAAAGAUUCAACAGGUUUUCAAAUUCAGCAAUCUAGUUUUCAUAUGUCAAAAUCACAAAGCACACAUAAUAUAACAGCUAGCAAUUUUUCCGGCACAAGCACUUUCACAGACAGACUUAUCUUCUCCCCCCGAAAAGACUCCUCUGCAGAUGGACUAAGCCCAACAAAUGUGGGGCAGAUAUACUCCAGGAAAAAUUCAAGUCAAAGCUCAAUGGAUCUUUCAAGCCCUCUUUCUCCAACCAGACCUCUUCAUAGUGUCAGAGUACCGAGCAUCUAUUCAUACCUACGGGAGUCUAGCUCAUCUCUGUCCUCCCCUUCCCCUUCCACCCCUUUGUCCCAGAUACAGAAUGCUGAAACCUCACCUCCUAAACAAGAUGGGGGUGUAAAACAGCAUGAUGACUGGAAAACACUUCCCUCAAGAUUUUCAUUUGACUUCAACCCAUCUGUUCCCAAGGUACAAGAAUUAAGUAAAAGCUUAAGCACUUAUGCAGCUCCUGCUCAAUCUCUGCCUCCUGACUUUGGAAGAGGAUCAGCACCUCGCCUCAGCACUUCUCCGUAUUCUAGCCUCAUCUCCUCAAGACCUGCACUGAGUAGUACUUUACAAGGACUGUCCUCUCCACCUGUGCCUGAAACACAUACCCGAUCUACAUCUUACAACAAUAAUCCUGACCUUAUAACAAACGACCCAAGUUCUUUAACAUCCAAAUACACAAGUAUAACAAUAAGACCAAGGGAAGAUUCAGCUUCAUCUCAGAGAGAACAGAGGACAGCAGUUCAAGCUUAUGCAAGCAACCUAGAUAAUAACAGACCUGCCCAGCCAUGUCUCUCACAAACUACAGCAAAUGCAAGUUUUGUCAUGGAGAGCCGAAGCGCCAAUAUAAGCUCACACCCAAGGCAGCCCAAUACAGGCUCAAACAACUUCCAUAACCUAGAACAUGAUGACUCGAUGGCACUUAGGCUUGAUAAGGGUAAUGUUUACCCCAAGCACAGGCUGAGCGAAAAAGAGAAGUACUUUCUCCCUAAAGACCUUAAUGCACAACGUCAGACUCCACUUCCACAUGAGAAAGAGACUACCUCUGGGCAUAUGCAAGAGAAAUUGCAAGAAACACAGAGUCCAAAUUCAAAGAAAGGACUUUUUGCUUUACGAGUAAAGAAAGAUGGUGCCUUCUCUUCAGCUUCUUUGCCAGAAAAAGAAGUUGGUAGUUCCCAGUUUUUAAAAACUAAAAGACAUUUACCAGUUUUCAGAACAACCAGCAGGAUUGAUCAAAUGCUAAAUCGAUUGAAACUGACGUUUGGUGUCAAAAGUUCAGAAGGCACACUUGACACAAAAAAGACCCCUACUCAGCAAUCCUUAGACACUGAGACUUUUGAAAAACCCAAAACAGAUAAGAAAACUUGUUCUGGACACAAAGGAGAACCCUGUAACUCCUCUUUAACAACUAAUAAAGUCUCCCUGGGUUCAUUGUCACCAACAGAAUUAAGUAUGUCUGAACGCACAUUAAAUGUGGAUGGACAAAAUAGGUCUACGGCUGAAAUACAGUAUUCCAAGUGCAUGUGGGAAGUACCUAACUCAUCUUUGACCGCUAAUAAAGAAACGUUUGGGUCAUUGCCGCCACUUGCAAUAAGAAAGUCAGAGAAUACUUUCGAUAUGGAUUGGCAAAACAAGUCAACAAAAACGAACAAUCAACAAAAUGGUUCUGGGUGCACAUGGGAGGCCCCCAGCUCAUCUUUGACCACUGAUAAAACCUAUUUUGCCUCUUUUGGGUCCUCAUCACCCUUAUCUUCAAAGAAAUCAUCAGACAACAAACUAAACGUUGAUCAACAAAAGAUGGAUAGCAAUGAAAUGGAAAACCAGUCAAAUGGCGGGAGCUUUAGUCAACACAGGCUAAAGGCCCAAAGCAUGAACCGCUCUGCCACCUUGCCACAUUACAGAAAAUCUUCAGUUGGACCAUCGUCACCAUUUUACUUGUUUGAUUUCGAUUCAGAAGACAUUCAGAAUGACAAUGUGUUUUAUAGUCCGAUUAGCAAAAAGACAAAUUCACUGUGCGAGUCUGAUGACAUCUCUCCACUAAGCUCUGCUAAGAGUUCCCUGCCGCAAAACCUUGUGAGAUCUCACUUGUCCUCAUCAUGUGCUGAUUUAAAGUAUGGCCUGCAUGCUGGACGAUCUUUCUCGGUCAGUGGCGUGGUUUCAAGCCGCCCAUCAGGUUCCAGACGAAUCUCAACAAGCAGCACCAGCGACCUUUCGAGCUUGGAAGACUUUGGAUCAAAGGGGAAUCAAACGGUUGACUCCUUAAUGAGUACUAGCCUUUCCCCAAGCAACAAUGCCAAAUCAGUCACUGGUAAACCGUCUCAAACUGAAUUUACAGACGAUUGUCUUGAACUUGAUUUUGCAGACCCAACCCCACCUCCAUCACCAUCUUUUUCCUCAUCUCCUCGUCGGAUAUCACAAGCCCAUGCUACACUGUCCCCCAUCAGGACAACUCCUGAAAAUCUGUCUCCUUUUCAGCUUCCCUCAAGGAGCUUCACAAACAGCCUGACUGUUUUUGAGGAGUCUGGUUCUGACACCACCACCGAUGAUGAAUAUUAUCUUGGCAGUGGUGGUGAAGAUGAUUUGGAAACAGAACUUUAGAUUGUUAUUCAGUUGCAGAUGUGCUUACAAUUUAUACUGCCUUAAUACUGCCUUUGUCAAACAAUAUCCAAAUUCUGAAUACCACUUGGAACCCAGUUCUUGCAUUAACAGAAGGAAUUAUAAUUAUAUGUGAUGCUUUUCAUGU